AUGACUACCAGCCUGAUAAGCGAAGCGCGUACAAACUCUUACCACUUAUUUUCGCCGGGCAAGAAGACACACGGUGCCUUCAUGGCUGGAUCAAUGCCAACCAGUGAUCCAGUCGCGAUAUCGAACCCGCUACCUGCUCCGUCGUCGACUUCCAUUCUCAGCGGUCCUUCAGAUCAGAUCUCAUUUUUCAAACAGUCUUCGGCGAAACCCGACUCGCAUCUAACCUCCAUCGCUAGUGCUGGUCUGCGCACGUCUCCAUCCCCCGGCUUUGAAUCAUCCGUUUCUACGUCCGCCCCGGGCAUGGCCGGCUCGAUCACAGCGGGUCUAACCGAUCAACCGACUGAGUUGAGGAAAGAUGAGGAAUCACAGCACCAGGACAGUCCACGAGUAGCUCGAGAGGCCUUGGGUGUCACUAUCGAAGCUUCCAAGGAAAAUGAAGUAAGAUUGCAAGAUUCCUCGAAUGCACUUAAUGAGCCCGCCGAGACGCGCGCCCAUCAAGUCCAAGUGUCCACCGAUGACAUGCAAGUGGAUUCGCAUCCCAGCCCGGGUAUCCUAGCCGAGCACUCCGCUGCCUCUGGCGACCAGGCAGCAGGUCAAACGUCCUUGAUGAACACCUCAACUGUAGCCAGCCCAGGCCCGAUUGAAGAGACUACUUCUCAGGACGGCGACCGACCACGCCAUCAGAUUGAUCAUGUCGCCAUAUCAGACGAUGCAAAUAAAGCGUUUUCCUAUCCGAUGCCUGCAGCCAGUCCCCUAGACCCGCGUCGUGGGUUGAGCUUGCCGCAUUCUGGAUUCCACAAAGGAAGUCCUCGUUCUCCGUCGGCAAAGAAGCAUCGGUGCCCGUAUUGUUCAACAGAGUUUACACGCCACCACAAUCUGAAAAGCCAUCUUCUUACACAUAGUCAAGAGAAGCCAUAUGUAUGCCAGACUUGUCAAUCCCGUUUCAGACGUUUACACGAUUUGAAAAGACAUACGAAGUUACACACGGGAGAACGGCCGCACAUUUGUGAUAAGUGUGGACGCAGAUUUGCGCGAGGGGAUGCUCUGGCUCGUCAUAACAAAGGCCAAGGUGGCUGCGCCGGACGGCGGUCUAGUAUGGGGAGUUACGUUGGCGAGGAAGAUUUUGGGGAUGCAGGCGCUGGAGCAGAUGACACUAUGGAUGGCCUCAUGUACACCGAACCGGAGCGCAUGGACGAGGAAGAGGAACGCCGUCUCAGUAUGCCAAGUAUGCGCAAGCAUAACGCAUCUACCGAGCCUAUGCCACGCGCACCAAGUGUAUUCCAGCCUCGAGCACCAAGCACGUAUCCUCCGAUCGCUACCACUACGCAACCCCCAUCUUCUUCUCGUAACCUUUUCCCACCUCCAACCAACCAUGGCGGGGGGUCAAGCUCUUCUACAUCCCCGAUUUCUCAAAGUGGAACCAUUACUUUCCCUGUAACUGCACAUUCAUCAACAUCUACAUCUUUUCCUGCUCCCAACAUGACAGAAAGCCCUAAACCCUUGUCACCAAAUACUCUCCCAGCACCACAAGUCAGCCAUGGAGCGGACUCUAGUGGGAUUCACACACACCAGCAACAUCGACCUCAUUCACCCGGCUUAAACCAGCAGUAUCAACAAUCGCAUUUCAGGCAUGGCCAGGGUGGAUUGGGUCUCCCACCUCCGCAAUUGCCGCCGCCACCGGGACUCGGAGCUCCUCCAGACUCGCGGUUUCUGCACAGCCAAGGAUCGGUACAGAAUGGCCCGCCGUCGACCUUGACUGCUAAGCAUGGCAGUACUCACAGUCAUUCAAGCAGUCUCGGUUUAACGUCACAAGCCAACGUUGAAUCAGGACCUAGCGGUAUACCUGAAUCCAACGUUCAAGGUGAUCAAAGUCGCGAGGACAAACUGUGGACAUAUAUCCGAACUGUACACGAGGAACUAGGCGCUUUACGAGCAGAAGUAGCGGCGCUACGAUCGCAGAUUCAAAAUCAAGGGACGAGCUCUGCGACACAAGCCCAAUCAGGGGGUAGUGUGCGGUAG